AUCAUAAAGAUCACCGACGACGACGCCGCCUUCGUCCUCGGCAAGGGCGGCGCCACCAAGCGCAAGAUCGCGAGAGUCUCGGGCGCCAAGCUCGAGAUCGUCGACCUCAAAUCCGCGGGCGCAUCGUCGGGGAUGGAGGGGGCGGAGAUCGAGAUCACCGGGACACCCGCCGCGCGCCAACGCGCCAAGGACUACAUCGGCUACGUCCUCUCCCAGCGCACCGGACCGGUGUACAUCGACCACACCAUGCGACGGGACGAUCUGUCCAUCGUGAUGGUUCCGAUGGAUUGCGUGGGCUACGUGAUGGGCCGCGGCGGUCAGGUGCUCCGCGACAUGGAGAACGAGUGGGGCACCCUCAUGUUCUUCGCCAAGAAGAAGGAGGACGAGGGCAAGGUCGUGGCAGCGAACGGCGAGAAGGUCCAGGAGAUCCUCGCCAUCUUCGGCACCCGACGCAGCCGCCGCGGCGCCGAGCUGAAAGUCAUGUCCGCCGUCGAGCACAAGAUGCCCGGGCACUUCCUCGAAGGCGAAUCCCUGCGCGUCCCCUUGGACCAGCCGGGCGACGGCGAGGACGACGACUUCGACUACGACGUCUUCCCCUUCCGCGGCGACGAGUUCUCCUACGCCCUCGGCGGACGCGGGUCCACGCGUAAGAAGAUCGCCAGCGCGUCCAACUGCAUCCUCGAGUACGUCGGCCAGGUGGCGUUUCUCGCCGGGAACGAGCGACAGCGCCGACAGUGCCGCGACUACCUCGACUGGCUCCUCAAGCAGAAGGAAGGGGAGUUCCACGUGGACGUUGCCGGGCGGGACGACGUCACGACCGUCAAGGUGCCGACCAAGUCGGUCGGCUACGUCACCGGACACAAGGGCGAGGGGCUCCGGUCCGUCGAGGCGUCCACCAGGACCUUCUGCUUC